AUGACCACCGGUGUCGCUAGGAAAUACUCCAAGACCUACAAGGUCCCAAAGAGGCCUUAUGAGGCUGCUCGACUCGACAUGGAGCUCAAGCUCGCUGGAGAGUACGGUCUCCGAAACAAGCGAGAGAUCUGGCGUAUCUUCUUGACCCUUUCCAAAAUUCGACGAGCUGCUCGUGAACUCCUCAAGCUCGAGGAAAAGGACCCCAAGCGUCUUUUCGAAGGAAACGCUCUCAUUCGACGAUUGGUCCGAAUCGGUGUGCUCACCGAUGACCGAAUGAGACUCGAUUACGUCUUGGCCUUGAAGCCUGAAGACUUCUUGGAGAGGAGAUUGCAGACUCAGGUGUUCAAGUUGGGUCUCGCCAAGUCUGUUCACCACGCUCGUGUCCUCAUCAGACAACGACACAUCACCGUCGGAAAGCAAGUCGUCAACGUUCCUUCCUUCGUCGUCCGACUCGACUCCCAAAAACACAUCAACUUCUCCAACCAGAGUCCAUUUGGAGGUGGACGAGCUGGACGAGUCAAGAGAAAGAGGGCAAAGGCUGCCGAGGGUGGCGAUGCUGGUGAGGAGGAAGAGGACGACGAGUAA